GUAGUCAAUAGUGGCGGAGGAGAUGGUGAUCAUGGUGGACGAAGCCACACACUUGGAUCCACCCUCACCUCACCUAUACUACUCUCUAAACUCUGAACAAAUGUCGAUCUGUACUGAAGUGCCUCGUUAUCAACAGAAUGAAGAACGGCUUACAAAAGAUCGCCACACAGUUGUUGUUGCUGCCUUCAAGUAUAGGUUAUCAACUGCACAUCCCUAGUGAGUGUGACUUGGUCGUUGAGGGGGCGAUAUGUACGGGUCGGGGCUCCACCUAGCAUUCAGUCAUGUCUGGCAACUGCAGGCAAGAUACUUCCCACUCAGGGAAUACAGCAUGGGCAGCCUGCAGGAGCCGCGGAAGGAGGAUGCCGUGGUGGUCGACAAGCCGGGCCCUCAUGAUAACUACUCCUGCUACCGCCUCCAUGCCUCCUCCGCCUCCCACACUUCUGGCACCACUACCCCUCCCCAUGCCAGAGACCUUUAUGGUGUUGUCAGAGAAGCUUGUGCCCAGCAGAACGUUAAGUGGCCUGUAGAAUGUCAGGUGAUAGAAGACAAAGUCCACCACAUAGAGGACUGGCCAGUGUAUCCGGAGCCGUUCUAUGAAACGACGGGAACAGAACUACGACCUCAGCCCGUUGGUGAUGACCUAGGCCGCCUCGUCUACCACUACUACCCUACCAGCUCCGUCAACUACUUCUCCCGCUCAUGUGUAGGAGGUAACAAAUACCUGAAUGAAGAUGUUCGUCCCCCACUUGAAGAUGAGAAGGACACCACUCUGCAGUUUGAGUCACGCUUUGAGUGUGGAAAUUUGGGAAAGGCCGUGCAGGUGUCUGAGUGUUACUAUGAGCUACACCUGCGAGCAGACAUGUACACCUCCAGACACACACAGUGGUUCUACUUUGCUGUCUCCAACACAUGCAAGGAUAUUACUUACAGAUUUUCUAUCGUGAACCUGACCAAGGGAGACAGCCUGUAUAAUCAUGGGAUGCGACCUCUUAUGUACUCUGAUCAAGAGAUGGAACUGCAUGGUGUUGGCUGGAGGCGUUGUGCCACCAACAUCAUUUACUUCAAGAAUCAUGACAGCAGCGACAACGCGUGUUUCGACAGUGACGAUGACGGCGAGGAUGAUGUGCCAUCCUACACCCUGACCUUCAACAUUACCUUUCCACAUGAUGAUGACACCGUCUACAUUGCUCACUGUUACCCUUAUAGUUAUUCGGACCUUCAGGAGCACUUGUUAACCAUCCAGAAUGACCCUUUUAAGUCGAGUGUGUGUCGACAACGUGUGCUGUGUCGGUCCCUGGCUGGCAACCCAGUGUACCUCCUCACCAUCACCAGCCCAGAGCCAGAGGAAGACGGCAAGAAGAAGCGGGCUGUGGUGUUGACUGGCCGGGUACACCCAGGGGAGACUCCGUCAUCCUGGAUCAUGAAAGGCGUCCUCGACUUCCUCACUGCUGACCAUCCUAAAGCUCGUGAGCUACGUUGUCAGUUCAUCUUUAAAGUGAUACCAAUGUUAAACCCAGACGGUGUGAUUGUAGGCAACCACCGCUGCUCUCUGGUGGGCCGAGACCUGAACCGCCAGUAUAAGAUGGUUGUGAAGGAGAUGUUUCCUGCCAUCUGGCACACCAAGGCCAUGGUCAGAAGAUUAAUGGACGAGCAUGGUGUUGUCAUGUAUGGAGACUUCCACGCUCACUCCAGGAAACACAACAUAUUUCUGUACGGCUGUGAGAACCGACGCAACCAGGACAACCACUUAAGAGAGCAAAUCUUCCCGUUACUUCUCCACUACAAUGGUGGCGACAAGGUAUACAACUAAGUAAAACACCCCUUCCUUUACACUAGCACCCCUUCCUUCACACUAGCACCCCUUCCUUCACACUAGCACCCC